AUGGAGGUGGACAAGCGCCAGCUGUCCCCCGGCCGACACUCGGGACCCACUGCAAAGGACGUGGCCUGGGAGCCAGGCGUGGGCAACCUCUCCGAGGGCCAGCCCCAUGGGUCCCGCAGACGCACAGGGAGCGAGGAGGGCAGUCGGAGCAGGCACUCAGCACCCCCCAGGAAGCAGGUCCUGCCCCUAGAGCCACCUGCACCUGGAGCCCAUGCCUCCCCAAGCCCCUCGGCUGUGAGGUGGGCGAAGUUCAGCUAUGCCGGCUUCUAUCCCCAGCUGCGCUACCAAGUGGGGAACACCUAUGGGCGCACCACAGCGCAGCUGCUCACAGACCCCAGCGUGAGGAAGAGCCCCUGCUCGGUGUUGUCCCCCAUAUCCAAGCCCAAGUUCAUCGAGGACUUCAGCAAGUCCAAGCCACCUUUGAUCCCCUGCCGCGACCUGACUGAGCCCUACAUCCCCCACUACACCGGUCUGAAGCCCUACAAGAACUUUGAGAUCCUGGGCCGGUUCCCACCCCAGGAGGUGCCGUCAGGGGCAGAGAACGUAUCCAGGCAGGUCCUGCGGCCUGCAGGCUUCAUGCCCUACCCCCCUUACCCUCCAUGCCCACCAGGCAGGAAGGGGGACUCCAGAGACUUUGGACACCCAGGGCUGCGGCUGGCAUACGGUGAGGAAGGCUGGAAGAGCACCACCCCUGUCCACGAGGCCCCUGAGCGGGCCCAGCUAUACCACUGCAGGAGGGAUGAACACCCACCCCCAGCCCACCAGCAGGAGACAUUAGAUGUGGGCAGGUUUCACAGGCUGCCCCAGCUGGACCACCCCAACCUGAUCCAACGCAAAGCCAUCUCAGGCUAUGCUGGCUUUGUCCCUCGGUUUGCCUGGGUGAUGGGGGUGAAUUACUGCGAUGGUGUCACACAGGCUAUGGACGAGUUUGACAAGAAUCAGUUCCUGAUCAAAAAUCCCAUCUGUGCCCUGGGUGAAAGGCUGCCCAGAACACACUGGCCCAGCAACACCAUCUAUAACAGCAAGGGCCUGAUACCCUUCUACAUGGGGUUUAUACCAUCCAUGCAAGACAACUACGCAAUGACGUUUGGCAACAGCACCCGCAAAGCCUAUCAGAAGGAACUGGAGAGGCGAGACCAGACACUAUGA